UUAAAUAAAAACUUAAUAUAUAUGUACCUUCAUAAAAAACUCAAGAGCUACCUUGGAUAUAAUUUUCGUAUGAUUCCAUGGCGAAUUAAAAAGUGCAUCGAGUUUUAAACGGCAUGACAGAAACACAACACUGUGGAAUUUGACAGUCAAAAAGUAGCAACAGUAACGGCGAUGGGAAUAGGAAAAAAUGUAAAUUUCCUAAAGGUGUUAAUUUGAGGAAAAUACUUGCGAAUAAGUGUGAAAUCAAGUGAAAAGUGUGCCUCGCACUUCGGUAGCAUCUUCCGAAAGAAAAAUCAUAAGUUUAUUGCACAAAAACAGAGAAACGGUUGCGUGAAGAAAGUCGACAAAGUCCAGAAGAAGAAUUCGGCAAUUUGCAUUGUCUACACAUUCUGACUUGCCACAACCUCAACCACAACCAUACCUGUCCGCCGUUGUCUUCGCUAAUUGUGUUGUGUGUUCAUAUGUUCGGCUUUUGCCUUUAAUUUGGAAUUUUGUCUUUUUCAUCACCAAGCAUCGCAGAAUUAGCAGUUGAAGGAGGUAGAAGGUGAAAAAAGCAUUUGCUUAUAAGAAUUGAAAAGUGUGCAUAAUUAAAAAAAAAGAGCAGAAUACAAAGAAAAGGAAGAACGGCUGGCGUAAAUAAAAGCAGAAAAUAGUGAAUCGUGAAAGCAUUUUAGAGAUAAGUUGAAUAGAACGAGGAAAGGUAAAGACGAGUGAAUAAAGAACAGUUUGUUCGGGGUGUUAGCGGCCGCCUUCUCGAGUGCCAAAGUGGAAGAAAAUCAAAAGAAGAAUACAAGAGCAGAACGAAAGAAAAGGAAAAACAAGGCAUAGUUUUGACAGUGUGGGAUUUAGCAAAGGGUCGCGGUGUAGCCAAAGAUACAGCAUAUCUCAGCGACGACGAAGUGUGUGAAAGAAAAAUUGCGGUUGCGGGGCGCUGUAAAAUUGAAUUUAAAGCGUAAUUGUGACGAGAAAAUGGAAAUCGAGCCCGACCAAUCGAUAGAGGCAAUGGACACACAAGAGGUCGAAAUAAUCACAAGCGACCUGCAACAUCAGCAACAGCAACUGAAUAAGCUGCAUUUGCCACCAGCACAGCUGCCUAACGAAAACGGCAACGUACCGCCGCAGCAACUACUCGCCGACACCACUUCGCCAUACGCCAACGAACAGGAGAUGACGUCCGUCGAGGAUCCCAAGGAGGAUCAGUUUCGCUCAGAGGCGACAUUUUCAUAUACGGUGGAGAAUAUUGCACAGUUAAAGCAACAACAUCUUUCUCCUCCCGUAUAUGUACGUAUGUUGCCAUGGAAAAUAAUGGUAAUUCCAAAUGAUCGUGCGCUCGGUUUCUUCCUUCAGUGUAAUGGUGAAAAUGAAUCACCCACAUGGUCGUGUAAUGCCAUCGCUGAACUAAGGUUAAAAUGCCACAAACCAGAUGCACCCCCGUUUACACGUGCGCGCAUUAAGCAUCUUUUUUACUCCAAAGAGAAUGAUUACGGCUACUCAAACUUCAUUACGUGGACCGAAUUACAAGAUCCCGACAAAUGCUACGUACAUAAUGGCGCUAUCACAUUGGAGGUUCAUGUUGUAGCUGACGCGCCACACGGUGUACUUUGGGACUCAAAAAAACACACUGGUUAUGUGGGGCUUAAGAAUCAGGGUGCAACAUGCUAUAUGAACUCACUGCUUCAAACACUUUAUUUUACCAAUCAACUGAGACGUGCUGUUUAUAAAAUACCGACAGAGGCUGAUGAUAGUACCAAGUCGGUAGGUUUAUCACUGCAGCGUGUAUUUCAUGAUCUUCAAUUCGGCGACCGCCCAGUGGGUACUAAAAAGCUUACCAAGUCCUUUGGUUGGGAAACACUCGACUCGUUUAUGCAACAUGAUGUACAGGAAUUUUUACGAGUGCUGCUGGACAAAUUAGAAUCAAAGAUGAAGGGUACUUGCUUGGAAGGCACCAUACCGGGACUAUUCGAGGGAAAAAUGUCUUCAUACAUAAAAUGCAAGAACGUAGAUUACAACAGCACACGCUAUGAAACUUUCUAUGAUAUUCAGUUGAACAUUAAGGAUAAAAAGAAUAUCUACGAUUCGUUCAAGGAUUACAUUGCCUCGGAGACUCUUGAGGGUGAUAAUAAAUACGACGCCGGUGUACAUGGUCUUCAGGAGGCAAGCAAGGGUGUUAUAUUUACAGCCUUUCCACCCGUGUUGCAUUUGCAUUUAAUGCGAUUCCAAUAUGAUCCCAUAACAGAUAGUUCAAUCAAAUAUAACGAUCGAUUUGAAUUUUACGAUCGUAUAAAUUUGGACGAUUAUCUAGCCGAGAAGGAGAAGACACCUGCCGAAUACGUUCUGCAUGCAGUGCUCGUUCAUUCGGGCGACAACCAUGGCGGCCACUAUGUGGUCUUCAUCAAUCCGAAAGCGGAUGGCAAAUGGUUCAAAUUUGACGAUGAUGUCGUCUCCAGUUGUCGUCGGGUAGAAGCCAUCGAACAGAAUUAUGGCGGAAACGAUGAUGAAAUAUCGUUCCAUGCUAAGUGCAGCAAUGCAUACAUGUUAGUCUACAUACGUAAAUCUGAGCUGGAACGUGUCCUCAGCGAUAUACCCGAGCAUGAAAUACCCAGUGAAUUAGUAGAGCGUCUUGAAUUAGAGAAAAGAAUUGAGAUGGCUCGUCGUAAAGAGCGGAGCGAAGCGAACUUAUAUAUCUCCAUUCACGUUAUCCUGGAAGAGUACUUUGAAGCGCAACAAAAGCGUCGCCUUUUCGACUUAGAUAAAGUCCACCAACGUCUUUUCAAGCUGAAACAAACCCAGACUGUCGAGGAGAUGAUGGACGCGUUCGUAAAAUCGUUCGGCGUAACAAAAGAUCGUAUGCGCGUGUGGAUUAUGUUUGCGGCACAAUCACAAAAAUUUCUUUAUUUUGAUUUCCAACGGGAAGCAUUACGUCCGAUUGAACAAAUCGCUACUGCACAGAAGCCAUGGGUGAUCUUUCUCGAGUUGGCGUCUCCCCUUGUACCUGGCCGCCCGUUGCCACCGUUCGAUCCUAAACAGGAAGUGCUACUAUUCUUCAAGUAUUAUGAUGCUUGUAAUAAAAGGCUAAAUUAUAUUGGCUGUUCACAACAGCCACUAACCCGGCGUUUAAGUGAACUUGUGCCUGAUGUUAAUGCACAUCUGGGCUUUGAGCCGGACACCGAAUUGACUGUAUUCGAUGAAUGCAACGACAAGAAGAUUCCCAAUAUAAAUGAACCUCUUGAGAAUGUGCUUUACCUGCAUCCGGACAAUUUGCAGGGCUACAUAUUGAUAUUUGAAAAAGAGCAUGUUGAUGUUAAAUUAGAUUUGCCGACAGUCGAGGAUUACUUCUUGGAUUUGGUCUACAGAGUAGAAAUCACAUUCUGUGAUAAGUGUAACCCCAAUGAACCGGAAAUCGUCCUAGAACUCUCUAAUCGCUAUAAUUAUGAUCAAAUGGCACAAGCGGUCGCCGAGCGACUCAAUACUGAUCCAAACAAAUUGCAGUUCUUCAUGUGCGUCAGCAGCUACAAGGAGACACCUGGAAAUGCCGUUCCGUAUACAUUUAAGGGAACUGUUAAGGAUCUAGUCGCAUACUGCAAGCAGAGCGCAUCUAAAAAGCUCUUCUAUCAAAGACUGUCUCUCAGCAUUCACGAACUCGACAAUAAGAAACAAUUUAAAUGCAUUUGGGUCUCAAACGACCUUAAGGAAGAGAAAGAGCUCGUGUUGUAUCCCAAUAAGAAUGAGAAUGUCAAAGGCCUGUUGGACGAGGCUGCCAAAAAGAUACAAUUUGCGGAAAAUAGCCGUAAGAAGUUGCGUUUGCUUAAAGUGGCCAAUCACAAAAUAGGAACCAUAUACAAAGAAGAUACGCCGCUGGAAUCGCUACAAAAGUCGAACGAAACGCUGACGACACAAAGUGCGCAGAAGACUUUCCGCAUAGAGGAAGUGCCUGCCGAAGACAUGCAACUAGCCGAGAAUGAAAUGCUCGUUCCCGUGGCACAUUACAGCAAAGAGAUCUACAACUCAUUUGGUGUGCCAUUCUUAAUUAAAGCGAAACAUAAUGAACCAUACGGUGCGUUUAAGCAACGUAUACAGAAACGUCUCAAUGUGCCCGAUAAAGAGUGGGAGAAUUAUAAAUUUGCCGUCAUUUCAAUGGGACACCCGAACGAAAUUAACGACAAUACACCCGUCGAUUUGGAAAUCUACCGCAAUUGGACCAAUGCACAUUUGCCUUACUUUGGACUCGAUCACAUAAACAAAUCUAGAAAGCGGACAUCCUUGAAUUUCUCUGAGAAAGCGAUUAAAAUUUAUAAUUAAAUUAGAGUAUAAUUGGCGUAAACAACAAAAGCAUAACAAAUAAUGAAACUCAUUGUGGGGUCGAUGUGUGCGUGCAAAAUAAAAGAACUGCUGAGAUGAAGAAAAAUAUGCGGAGAGAAGCGAGAGAGAGGAGGGAUAAUAGCAGGAAAUUUUUAAAUGGGGCUUUAUGGCUAAGAAGACAAGUUAAAUUACAGCACGAUAAACGAUAAAAAAUAGAAAAACAAAAACAAAAAUGUUGCUAACGUACAUAUGUCUUGUUCUUAUGUUUACAAGCUGCAUUCACGCCGAAACAACAACACACAUAUACCAAUGCAAUAACAUCAGCCGCAAAAGCAACAAGGAAAACUAUGAGCAGCCAAAAAUAUGAAGCAAGGAAGUAACAAGCCAACCAAUUUGUCAAUCGGCCAACUAACCAACCAGCAACAGCAAUUGUAAAUGCAAACAAAGGAAAGCAAAGCAAAAAUUCUGCCAAAUGCAACAACAAGCCUAGAGUGUUUGUAAAUUGUUUGCUUUUAUAGUUUUGAAUGUGUUAAAACGCUUCGCCUGCAAAACACUCACAUAGCUCACAAUCACAGACAACACAAACAAGAUUACGUAUGAGUAAUAAAACAAAUGGAAAUACAUAAUACACUUUAACAAAACAAAAACCCGAUCUUUAAAAUUAAACUAAAAUAAAAUUAAUAAAUUUAAAAUAUAGAACUUUAAAGCAGGCGUACGAUUGUAAAAUAUUUGCGCAAAAUUAAAUGUGUGAUGAGGUCUAAGUGAUUUUCAAAAGUUGCUGACGUGAUUGCGGCGGGAAAUGGAUGAUCGAUAUCGGCGUAAAACAAUGAUAUUGGGCAGGAAUCAAGUUUCGUAGUGAUUUUGGCGCUUUAUUCGAACUCAAUAAGUGGAUGUUAGUUAGGUGGUGCAUUUCGGCUUUGACUGUCUGCAUACCUCUUCUACCUGAUAAUUUCGAAAAAGAUUUAACUACCGGAUUAAAAAUCAUGGGCAUCAACAGGCGCAAAGUCUCUGAAAAUGCGCAUCACCAGCAGUAACAGCAACAACAUGGAAAAGCAUAGAGUGCAAGUAGUGUAAUUUGAAAUAUACAGAUCCAUGCACACAUAUACAUAUAUAUAUAUAUAUACAUCUAUUAAAAAUUAGAGAUAUACAUACAUACAUUGAGUCUAACAAAACGAAACGAUCCUGAUGAUUUUUAGAUUACAUGUAUCAGAAAAGCUAUACAUAUAUUAAUAGGAUUUUAUCAACUUCCAAAACACAAAAGACGAAUGAUUCUCGUACAUGCUGAUAAGACUCCUUUAUUACAAAAGCCUACAUACAUAGAAGCAUGGAGGUUAUGCGAAUAAAAAGUUGUGGGGCGAAUGGUGGAGAUUCAUUAUUUUAUGUUUUAUAAUGUUAGCGAAAAUGUUAAGAAUAUUAAUUGAGGAAUCGCAUCCUGCUAUCCUAUCCAAUGUCCUUAAUUAUGUACACAAACAAUUUUUUUAUUUGUGAAUUUUUUUUUUUUAUAUUAAGCGCCUCUAUUUUAAAUUAUCUGAAAGCUGUCCAGCGUUAAAAUACUGAAAAAUGUUCAUACAUAUCGUUACAUUAGAAAUCUUUGAAAAAUUUGUUUUUCCUUUCGUCUGCAAAAAAUAUUACAAAAAUGGGCUUUACGUAAAUAUUGUAUCAUUAAAUCUUAGAACUUGUACGAGAUGUUAUGGGGCGCGUCAUCAUUAUUCAAAAGUGGCGCGAGUGAGCUGAUACUGCGGAAGUCCUCCAUCCUGAACGGAUCAUUCAAUAUGUCAGAAUUUCGGUUCAUAACUAAAGUCAAUAAUACGCAUACGCCUUAAAGCUACUUAAUACCAUGGUCGGUAAUUAUUAUGAACUAAAACAUAUAAAUUUAAUCAUUGGGGAUGGGAUGGUAAUCAUUGUAAAUUAAGAAAAUAAAAAUGUAAUAUUAUUCCUGACUAUUUUCUAAUUCAUAUUUUUCGCCCAACAAUAAUAAUUAUUCCUUUAUAUUUAUAUUUUUUAUCCACAAGUAAUUAAUAAUUUAAAAUUUAUUCGAUCAAGGACAAUUACACUAAACAGCAAAAUCAAAAAAAAAAAAUCCAUCCCGGGCUCACUAUUUUUUCUUAUGUAGUUCGAUCUCCAAAUCAAUAAAAAUAAUUUUCGAAUUUUACCACAUUUUUUAGAAUUUUUCUUUUAUUGUUUUCGAUUUUUAUGAUUUUAACGAAUACGUCAAUCGAUGUAAAUAUUAAUGGUCUUUAAUUUACGUCACUUAUUUUUGAUAUUAAAAAAAAAACAGCUUUUGUUUCCCAAAAAAAUCGUCCAAAAUUCAAGGAGUUAAUAGUCAAUAUUUCUACAGAAGUUGAACCCUCCACGAAGCGAAUCCAUCCAAUCAUAAUAAAACUAUAAGCAAUGAAGUAAAUUUAUACUAUUUGCAUCAAAAUUGUUCCAUUGAAAAUUCUUAUUCGAGUAAAAGUUGAGAUAUCUCAGCGCAACUCAGUGCGUAAUAAAAGUGAGCAAAGUCCGAUAAUAAUGACGUCCACCUUCCAUAUAGUGGUAAUUUCCAAAUAAUAGUCCGGAUUUUAAAACUAAAGACCAAAUAUGGGAUAAAGGAUGACGUAAAUUAAAAAAACAUGUUGUGUAUUUCUAAACCUGGUGACAAAACUACAAAAUUUAUUGGACUUGGAUAAAAAAUACGCAAAAGGUUUGAAAUCUAAAUAUGCCAUCGAAAUUUGCUUUGGCUUGGAGUUGUUUGAUCUCCAGGAAAUAAAUAGUGACAGUUCGGGAUGAAAACUCAUGUUCUCAGUGUUAUUGUUGUUUAUAUUUUAUAUUUGUUGUAACGUAAAACUACAACCAUGUUGCAUGUAAUUGCAAUUGUCGAGCAAAAAAAUUAAAAAUCGAUAAUCUAUUAAUAUUCUUGACCCAAAAAACGUUAAUCAAAAGUAUCAGACGAUCUUUAGUAAAUCAAACAAUAAUCAUUGCCCCGCAAAAAUACAAAAAUUAGAAAAUAGUCAUAAGUUUUUAUUUUUAUUAACACUAAAAAACUGCAACAUCUUUAGAAAUUAUAACACAGACAAAUAUAAAUGGGUAUAUUCAAAAGUUGCAAUAUUUGAAACAUGAUAAUUUUUGAUUAGUUUUAAAAAAUAAUGAUUUUUGCCUUCCCUGUUGCACUUAAAUUUAUUUUUUGCGCCAAUAGAUUUUGCCAUAUUCUAAACUUAGAAAUUUGUUUAAUGAUUCUCUGCGGUUAUUUAAAAUAAUUGCCUUUAAAAAAUCUGAUAUCUCUCUGUCUCCCCAUAACUUUUAUUUGAAUUCGUCUAAAUCGGUCGAUAGAUUAUUUAUUUUUUUAUUUGCUUUACAUUUAAUUGUAAUUAUCAAUUUAAUCGAUUAUCAAGCUUUAUAUCAGUAAAAAUGGUUAGGAUAUCAAUCAUUUCAAAAUUGUUACGCUUGUAGCUUUUCGCAGGUUGUUUAAUUUUUUUGAUGUUCAAGUUGACUUUGUGACUGACGGUUUUGAAACUGGACUACUAAAAUUUUUGUCUGUCCAUUCUUCAAAUUUGUUUUUAUUUCUAAUUAUAAUUACUUCGCCCUUUAAAUUGUGGUAUAUUUUUUGAGAAUUUUAAUUGUAAAUAGUUUACGCACGUGUCCAAAAUACCAAAAAGUCGCUACGAUUUUUCUUUCGACAAUGGCUUUAUAGUAAUUGAAUUCUUUUAAUAAGUUCGAAUGCACUGACUGGAUUUCUGGUUUUGGCGUCGUAAUUGAGGAGAUCGCCAUAUGAAUGUUGCAAUUCCAUUUCAAUAAAACACACAACUAUUUUGAUUAUUAUUUUAAAAUAUUGAAAGCAAGCAUUUUAAAAUGUUAAGGAACAGCAAUUUUUUUUUACUUAUAGUUAAAGUUAAUGUUUCUACGUUUCAAGGAGAUGGAAAUUAAUUAACUAAUAUACAUACAAAUUAAUGCAUAAAAUUAAAAAUUAAAUAUAAAAAGCUAAAACAAAGGCAAUUAAAGUAUAACUACCAUAAAAUAAACAUUUAUUAUACAUAUGUAUGUGUGUGUAAAAAUGAUUACAAUCACGACAAAUAAAAAAAAAAAAUUAUUAAAGCCGAAAA